ACCGAAGUCGUUCCAGGAAAAUCCCAGUCGCCGCGCUCAGAGGCGUGACUUCAUUUCCGGCCGCCUCCUUCGAUGGGUCAGUCGCAGAGCGGCUUUGCUUCCGACGAUGAGGGAAAGAAGAUGCCCUCACCUUCGACAGUUACUCGAACUUCUUCGUCUGCUUCUCCUCCUUCCAUGGAAGAUCUAAUUGCAGAAGCAACGGCCGAAGGCGGUGACGAAAAUGAGACAUUGGAUCAGAAAGCACAGAGAGCACUGGAAUGUCCAUGUGUUGCUGAUCUGAGGAAAGGUCCUUGCGGAUCUCAGUUCUCCGAGGCUUUUGUUUGUUUUAUUAAGAGCACUGCUGAAGAAAAGGGAUCAGACUGUGUGAGCCCUUUUGUUGCCUUGCAGAAUUGCAUCAGAUCAAAUCCUGAUGCAUUUUCCAAAGAUGUUUUAGAGGAUGAAGACCAAGAAGAGGAAGUUCAGGAGUAUAAAAUCAAUCCCCCAUCUUGGUCCAAAGAACCCCAAUCAAAAAUCUAAGUCCUAAAUUUUUUUUUUUCUCUCUUUUCAAUCCCAGUUGCAGGGAAAUGCUAAUAGUGAAAUUUUGAUUAUAUUGUUUUAUAGGUUAUAAAAUUAUGAACCAUGAAUCAAAUAACCCAUUUUUUAAACUUCUAUGGUACUAUUUCAAGUACCCUUUAGCUGGGACAAGGUGUUGCAUGAACCUUAUUGGCGUAUUUUCAAUAAAAUGUGGCAUGUUGUUGCCAAUAAGAUGGCUAA